ACAAACGUCAAAACGUUUCAGUGCUCAGAUUGCAGUGAAUCUUUUCUGGAUACUAAGAGUUUAGCAGAUCACAAAUUAACUCAUCCUGGUCACAAGCCCUGGGUAUGUUUAGAAUGUGGUAAAGAAUUUAAAUAUAAUAAUUUACUAUUAAGGCAUCAGCUUAGUCACACCAACAUUAAAGAUCAUGAGUGCGUUGAAUGUGAGAGAAAAUUCCGUACAAAGGCCAAUCUAAAGCGACAUUUAACUAACGUCAAUAAAUUUGUGCCAAAAAUUAUUUAUCAUUGUAAAAUGUGUAACAAGGGGUUUGGAAAUAAAGGAAAAUGGAAACGACAUGAAUUGUAUCAUUUUCAAAUGCGGAUGCCAGUCUGUGAACAAUGUGGAAAAUCAUUUGUAGAUAAAGACUAUCUGAUGGAACAUUUAAGGACACAUGAGGAGGCCUAUGCUGACCAUAUUUGUAAGGAAUGUGGCAUGGAAUUUCCUUUUAAAGAUGAACUGAAACAUCAUGUUUUAGGUCAUGAAAGCCCAGACGAUAAUUUUGUGCCUGAUGCAGACAUUUUGAACGUACCUCCUAAUGAAGAUGGACAAUUUCCUUGCACUGAAUGCGACAAAGUGUUUCGUUCCAAUUACAUCUUGCAGCGUCAUCUUUUGACUCAUAAUCGUGCCAAUAGUCAGUGUCCAGAAUGUGGCAAAUUUUAUUCUUGUAGAUACAAUUUAGUCCAGCAUAUGGCCAUACAUGACACCAAAACCAAUUAUAUUUGUGAUCAGUGUGGUGAAUCGUUUAAAGUCAAACAAUACUUAAGUCGACAUAUGAUCAAACAUCGUGAACAAAAAACCUGGCAAUGUAACAUUUGUGAUUUGAAAUUCUAUCGUCAAGGCAACUUGCGGCACCACAUGAAGCAGCAUGUAGAGAACAAACCUUAUCAGUGCCAACAUUGUCAUAAAUCUUUUGUGAGAGAAAGAACACUAGAUGAACAUGUUCUUCUUGCCCAUACAAAUGAACGACCGUAUCAAUGCACCAUUUGUGGAAGAGGGUUCGCUCUUCAAAGAAUGUUGAAACCCCAUAUGAAAAUUCAUUCAGGUUUUAAAGAACAUAAAUGUGACGAGUGUGGUAAAUUGUUUACGUAUAAAUCGAAUCUUAACCAACAUAUGAUGAUACACAGUGGUGAAAAACCAUUUAUAUGUCAAUUUUGUGGUAAAGGUUUUGCUAGGAACAAGUAUCUCAAUGAUCAUAUGAGAACCCAU